CCCUGGAAGCAAACCGGGAUGAAGAAGCAAAUAGGGCAGUGACACCGCUCAUGAGUGACAGGCUACGUUCAAACUUAAUUCGUCGACGUUCAAAUGUCGACCGCGUUCUUUCUACCGGACGACGGGACUUUCAACUUGAAAUUUCGAAGGCGGUUGUAAAUUGCACCCGCGCAUCUAAAUGACGUCACCACAUAUAGACUUUCAUUAAACAGAAAAAGCGACGCGUAAUCUGAGCAUCUUUCGCCGCAUAUUUAAGAACGUGAGCUUUAGUUUUCUUAUACAACUGUUGCGUAUGUGUAUUGUCAUCAAAUGUUGACUUGCAUUUGGCGCCUGUCGUGCUUUGUUCGCGACUAACCGUGGAAAGUCGGUGAAGUAUGACUCGCUAGCACGGACGAACGGUAUGACGCACUGAAUUUAAAUAAUGUAGCCACUACUCGAGGAGUAGUUUCCCUCUUGAAUAGCACUUUAGUCUGUUACCUGACACAUUCUGCUUCUUGUUCUUUAAUGACUUAAUUCACUUGGUGGUGGUGCUGGGUAAUCGUUGACGCAUACGCACGCCGCAUCAGGAACUGCCCGGCGACGCUUUUAUAACAAAAAAAGGAUCAGAUCAGAAAUAUGACCCCAAGUUUGCAGUGGUCAUUCGACCCAUCCAGAGGUCACAAAGGUGUCCUCAUCAGUAACAAACUCCACAUGCCAUUACCUAUUCCUAUUUACAGAUGAGUGACGUGUGACGGACUGCGUGUAUUGUGAAAGCAGAAUUGUGUAGAUCAACUCACUUCUGCCUUGUCGACCCACUGUUAACCGAACAGACCUUCCAGUCUCGUGCCAGGUGCUUAGAGUGGCAUCAUGCUUCCAUCACAGCCGCUAAUCCAUUCUGCCUCUGCUCUAAUCCAGCAGAUUAACUCUCAACCGAAGGACAAUGAAGUUGACAUGAAUUUGCGAGAACGAUUAAGACUCUCAAAAUGAGCUUUUACUAAUCGCACCGCCCCCCGUUUCUUCUCUUCUUUUAACUUGUAAGUCAGCGUCAACACAUUGGGAGAGUUUUGUGACGUGCAAGAUCAGCCUCAAGAGGGCGCUGUUACCCGCAUAAUAGCUUGACGUUCCAUUGAUCGUCACUCGUGCUGUUAGAAAAUACAAAAUUAGGACAUGAUGGCUUUUAAAUCAACAUUUUGUUAUCGUUUUCAUAAUCUGGGACGAUCCUGCAUGUAAUAUGUGCUCAAUAAUGAUUGAAUUAUUUUUUACAAAAACAUCUAAGUGUUAUGUUUAUUUCCUCAAAGAAGGCUUUGAUAUUGGGGAACGUGUUCCAAUAGCUCGUCGUCUUUCUCUUUGACGCAUAUUCUUGCUUUAAUUUGAUGUCCUACAUAUUUGAGUAGAUGUCACAUUGCAUUACAUUAUCACUUCUUCAUGCUUCUGCUUUGAAUUAUUAUUGUGUGUGUGUGUCCUGCGAUGGACUGGCGACCUGUCCAGGGCGUGUUCCUGCCUCUUGCUCAGUGACCUCUGGGAUAGGCUCCAGCACUUCCCGCAACCCUGAACAGGACUAAGCACUGGUUAAAUGGCAAUCUACUCCCUCACACGUCAGCAGGCAGCUGGUCUGAGAUCAGCUACACAUCUGCAUGGUUUCUGCACAGUCAUACUUGAACUAAGAGGCGCUGACCUGAGGAGGAAAGCAUCGGCGCAGUGGGGUUUGAGAUUCAUCACCUUCAUCGGAGAGGUGCAGUGACACAAGAGCUGACAAAUAAAGAGACUCAAGCUGCCUCCGGGACAGAAUGUAAAACCCUGCUGGUCGUCCAGUGGCGCUGCCAGGAUGCUGACGUGGCUCACCAAGGCUUGCUUCUCCCCUAAAGUGGGUAGUAACUCCCAGGACGGCAGCCUCUCCGAGAUGGAGCAGCUCCCGGUCCCUCAGAACAUCAAGAUCAGCAACAUCACCUGCGACUCGUUUAAAAUCUGCUGGGAGAUGGAGGCGCGCGGCAAAGAGCGCAUCACCCACUACUUCAUCGACCUCAACAAGAAGGAGAACAAGAACUCCAACAAGUUCAAGCACAAGGACGUCCCCACCAAGCUGGUGGCCAAAGCCGUCCCUCUGCCCAUGACAGUUCGGGGCCACUGGUUCCUGAGUCCACGCACAGAAUACACGGUGGCGGUCCAGACGGCGUCCAAGCAGAACGACGGAGACUACGCCGUGUCGGAGUGGAGUGAAAUCGUCGAGUUCUGCACAGCUGAUUACUCCACGGUGCAUCUCAACCAGCUGCUGGAAAAGGCUGAAGUGAUCGCUGGCCGGAUGCUGCCUUUCUCCGUCUUCUACAGGAACCAGAACAAAGAAUACUUCGACCACGCCAGGGAGGAGCAGGAGAACCGGAUGCUUCCUUUGGUGAAGGACAACAGCGGCAGUCACGGCUCCCCCAUCAGUGGCAAGCUGGAGGGCCUCUUCUUCAGCUGCAACACGGAGUUCAACACCGGCAAGCCUCCUCAGGACUCCCCUUACGGCCGCCAUCGUUUCGAGGUCCAGGCCGACGCACUCUUCAACCCCGAAACCAGCCUGUACUUUGGAGACUUCUACUGCAUGUACACUGCCUACCACUACGUGAUCCUGGUCCUGGCGCCCAAGGGCUCCAGAGGCGACGACUUCUGCAAGCAGAGGCUUCCGGCGCUCGACAUCACCGACAACCGCUUCCUCACUUGCAAGCAGAGGGGCGCGGACGGCGGCUUGGAGUUCCACCACGCCCAGGACGUGAUCCUGGAGGUGAUCUACACGGAGCCUGUGGACCUGGCACUGGGCUCGGUGGCGGAGAUCAGCGGGCACCAGCUGAUGAGCUUAUCUACUGUUAACGCCAAGAAAGACCCCAGCUGCAAGACCUGCAACAUCAGCGUGGGACGCUGAGCUCCAGAAUGUAGACGACUGGGAGCGACCUUCACUCUGGAGGCCAUGAUGAACCAGUACACCAUGCAUGAAGCAGCCGAUCAAGUCCCACUCCAACCUGCUCAUUAACAAGUGUCCAAGGGUGAAAAAGAAAAAAAAGAAAAAGAAAAAAGGCAGAGUCACCUGCCCCCUGGUCUCACUGGACUCUCCUUCACUGUUAGACUGAACCUUUCCUUCCUGAGAGACCUUCAACUGAAGCCCAGAACAGCAGCAACUGUGAACCUUCAUACAGCAGAACAUUCCAACCCUCCCUGCACUUCACCCUUCUUUCUCGUCUCAACCACUUUGCUUUGUGGGAUUGCUGCACGCAACACUGUCGUUUUAGACUCAUGAUGUCACAUGCCGAGACGCCACUUAAAACUAGAUGGACCGUACGAUACAACCACUUCUGCUGACUGUAGUGACUACUAGGGGACGCUAUGGCGACAUUGAAAAACAACACACCUUUAUCAGUAGCUAGCAACUUUUCCAAAACACAAAUUAAUAUAUUUUAUAUACCGUGUUACUUUUGAAAACUACUGCAUGCACAAGUGACGAGCAAGUUCAUUUGAUCGCCACCAGAUGGCGCUCGUUGAUCAUCUUUGAAUGAGUUUCUAGUGAUCCAGUUUAUUGACCUUUGGUUGGCCCUCCACUCCUGCAUGCCCCGUGUCCAACACCGUUUUUAACCUUGAACAUCUUUAGCCAUGUUCAUCUUAAGAAAAGCCACGGCAUCGUUGACCACAGCGUCUUCACUGGUUAUUGUCAAGCGACAGUCAAACUUCAACACUGUUAACUAGACAACGCUACUGGUUGUCUAAAAGCGAAACCUGCACAGGUCCCUAACACGGAGCCAGUCAGGAUCACAAAGGUUGAGCAACUGAAACAAGACCUUAGACCAACUGUAUAAUAAAGGCCUUUCAUCUCAUGAGCUUUCUACUCAUUGGUUUUACCUUCGUCUUGGUAGGUCGCCGCAGCAUUUUAAAUCUGAAUUUAAAAGUCAGUAAGUCACUGACCAUCAGAGCAGCGGUUCACCUGUAGCACUGUCCGGUGUAUGAUCAGAGACACCGGAGCUGUCCACUACAAGACCAAAGAUUCAGUGUUAAACAAGUGUAAACUGCGGUUUGGCUUCAUGACUGCUGUCAGCAAAGUGGACAGGUCUGUUGUUGCUGUUGCUGUUGCUGUUGCAGACACGAUCAGAUCCAGCUAAAGCAGCACUCCCACUCCUGACGUCUGCAGAAACGCUGUGUGGUCACGUGUGCUGUCUUAUGGCUUGCGGUCACACUGCAGCGUCUUUACCUCCUCCCUGUUGUGGCAUGACCUGGUACUACACUGUCCUGUGGGAACCAAAGGUUUGAAACCAUCUGUGGGGAUUUGAACAGCAACAAACCCCUGAAAUGUGUUUUUGUUUUUUUGAUCAAGUGUACACUUGAGUAAACCUUUAAACAAGCAUGAUGCAGUUCUGUGCAGCAUGACUGUAAAAGCUGUCAGUAUCGUUACCAUAGCAACCGUCUCUGCAACAUGCUUUUGUCGUCAUUAGUGAAAGAAGGAAUCAACUGUGCUGAGCAGAAUAAAUGUGAAAAAAUAUUUAUUUUGAUACAUUCAUAUAUAAAUAUAUAGAUAUCGAAUAUAUAUAUAUAUAUAAACCAGAAGUGCACAAGAAAGCUCUGAUCGAUAAUAGCGUCGGAGGGAAUUGACUUCUAAUAAGCAUCUUAAACACAACUUAGAAAAGUAUAUCUGGCACUGAGAUGCUGACGUUCACCAACAUACACACAGAGGCGAACAUGACUGACUUGGAUGCAUAUCACAGCACAGUGUAAGACGAACACAGAUGCGCACAGACGCCAGGAUUGUAGAGCCAAAAGUUCAGGACACUAAACACUCGUUUCAGUGAAAAAAGAACCAGACUCUGCCACUUUUUCUUUCAGCAGCUUCACUGUUCCUCGGAUUGUACUGUGGUGAUCCUAAACGUUGGGCUCAGACUCGAUGGUCGCACUUUUUAAAAUCCUGACUCCAUGUUUAGAAGAAGAAAUGUCAAACAUUGAAAUGAUAUUCUUGUCCUUGAUUUGGAGCUACACAACAUACUUCUGCUACAUCAGGUUUCAUGUGCUUUCGGGACUUGGACAUGCAGUUGCCCGCCGUUCAUUCAGACCGCCGUCGCUCAUGUAAAGUGCAUCAUCGUGACGGGAGCGGCAUGUUACGACUCAUUCAAAGCCCACUGUGAGAAACUCAACUGCUCUCUGUGGAGUCCUGGUGUUUACUGAGCAGGGCCUCCAGCAGCCGCAGCUUCGCCUUGAGGUUCUUGUACUGGCAGUACUCCUCGGCCAUCGGGCCGCGGUCCUCCUUCUGACAGACCCUGGACGGAGAAGGACGUAAAGUCGGGUGAGCCACUGGUUGAUAGUCCCCAUGUUGCCUUACUGGAUUCUCUGUGUACAGCGAGUAAUGUACGGCUGGACGGACGUGUACAGUAGAACCUUGUACAGCUCAUCUCUUUUCUCUGUGUGAUCUAAUAUCGUGGAUAUUUCACUGUCAUUACUGUGACUUUUAUUUUGUGGAUUCUUUUUCCCCACAAUACAUAGGUAAAAAAAAUGUUACAAGAUUAUGAAAAGAGAAAAUAAAGCUCCGAAGAGUGUAA